AUGAUCCACACCUCAUGCUUGUUUGAAGCCAUCCGAGUCGUAAAUGUACCUCCUUUUCCCGAGUCAAUUUCGGAGGGUGAUAUUACUUGGAAAAAAAACGUUAACGACACCGUACUUGUUGAUGAAGUUGUUGCUGAGGUUGAGACUGAUAAAACGGCCAUCCCCGUUAUGUCACCUGUGAGUGGUGUUGUUAGGGAACUACUCUUUGAAGAGGGUCAGAAAGUUACUUAUAACCAGCCGCUUCUGAAGAUUGAAGAAUGUGAAGUGGCCCCAUCUGAGGCCGCCUCGCCGAAAGUAGAGGAGUCCGUCCCAUCACCGGAAUCACCAAAACCACUCACCUCGCCUCCAACUCAGCCGCCUCCACCGCCAUCCACAGAUACGGUAUCACCGCCACCUACUGCCUCUAAACCACUGGCCUCAUCUUCCUCAUCUGUGCCUCAAAAUGUACCUUUUUCUCUAAUUUCCGCUUUUCCAGCGGGCGUUCGUACCGAACAACGUGUUAAGAUGACCCGGAUUCGUGCUCGAACCUCUGAACGCUUAAAGGAAGCGCAAAAUACUUGCGCAAUGCUAACCACAUUCAAUGAGAUUGACAUGUCAAACUUGAUUGAUAUGCGGAAUAAAUUCAAGGACGAGUUUUUCAAAAAACACGGCGUCAAACUUGGUAUUAUGUCGUCCUUCUCCAAAGCAGCAGCCUUCGCACUACAGGAUCAACCAAUUGUUAAUGCUUACAUUGACGGAAAAGAUAUUGUAUACAGAAACUAUGUUGACUUGAGCAUAGCCGUUGCAUCUCCCAAAGGUCUUGUCGUCCCUGUCUUACGCAACGUCGAAUCCAUGAAUUUUGUUGAUAUUGAGAAGGGAAUUUUUGAUUUGGGUGAAAAGGCAAAAAGCGGUAAUUUGGCAGUUGAAGACAUGGAUGGCGGUACCUUUACAAUCACAAACGGAGGAGUUUUUGGUUCUUUGUUUAGUACUCCCAUUGUGAAUCCUCCCCAGUCGGCCAUCUUGGGUAUGCAUGGAACGUUCGAGCGUCCUGUCGUCCGAAAUGGCGAGGUUGUUGUAAGACCAAUGAUGUAUGUGGCUCUCUCAUACGAUCAUCGUCUUAUCGAUGGACGGGAAGCUGUAUUGUUUCUCCGCAAGAUCAAAUCGUUUGUUGAAGACCCGCGUGUCUUCUUUUUGGGCAUCUGA